GUCUUGGGGUCGUGUGCUGAACUGUGCAGCCACACAGAAGAGAUGCAGUGCCGGCAUAUGGGAGGUAAGCUCAUUUGGCCGAGUUAAAACGCCCACGGGUCGGGUGAGCUUUGGUUCACGUAAAGACACUGGCUAUUACCGGACAAUCAUUGGGGGAUAUGGCUACUACGUCCACCGGCUGGUUGUAGCGGCUUUCACCGGUCCGCCCCCAAGUGUGGCGCAGUGGCAAGUGAACCAUGUUGAUGGGGAUCCUGCCAACAACUGUGUGGCCAACCUUCGGUAUGUCACGCAAGCUGAGAACAGUAAGCACUCCUGGUCGACCAACUUGAAUCGCAAAGCGAGCAGCCUGCAACUACGCAAGCCAGUUUGGUGUCGAGUUGCCGGUGGCAAUGAUUGGUCUGAGUUUUCUUCGCAAAGCGAAGCUGCAAGAAAUCUGAACGUAAGCCCAAGUUGCAUCUCGAGAUGCUGUCGAGGUUUGGUGCCUGCCUGCUCUGGAGGCGGCAUCCGGUACGAGUUCAAGUUUCUGGCCGAUGAGCCCAAGAUGCUGGCUGGCGAGGCUUGGCGGCCGGCCAGGUAUCCGGGUCUGGAAGGUCCUAUCGAUAGCCUCAUGAUCAGCAGCCACGGACGAGUUCUGUCGACCUGGUGUAGGCACCAGCAUUUAAGCCAUGGACACCGCAGGCGUAACGGUUAUUACGUGGUGAGGAAGAGAGGGCACUUUCUCCAAGUGCACCGCUUAGUUGCUGCAACCUUUCUCGGUCAACCUGCGUCGAAAGCUUUGCAUGUCAAUCAUAAAGAUUUGGACCGCGGAAACAAUCACGUGGACAACCUGGAAUACCUGACCCUGUCGCAAAACGUGAAACAUGCCCUUUUGCAAAGACAGGGACAGCAAGGAUGGAUGCGGAACGGCAAGCCGGUCCUGGCGCGAUCACUGGAAUCGGAUAUUGGCUGGCUACAAUUUGAGAACAUUAAGGCUGCAGCAGCACACACAGGCGUCAAGAACCAUAUCAUUUCGGGCAGCUGCAAAGGAUGUGCUGCUAGUGCUUCCAAGGCUAGGACUGCUGGCUGGCAGUUCCAACCCGCUGUUCAGGAGGUCCUUGAAGGCGAGGAGUGGCGGCAAGUUGUUUUGGCAGGAGCUCGUCGCACGCCUGGCUGCAUGUCUGAGGCAACCUAUGUUCGGCAGGCAGCCAGCUCCUGGCAAGUGAGCUCACAUGGCCGUGUGAGAUCCUCCCUUGGUGUAACCAGCUAUGGCUGGAUGACCUCUGAUGGGUAUAGACGUGUGAGGAUUGAGAGGAAGUCAUACCUUGUACAUCGGCUGGUAGCUGUUGCCUUCCUGGGACCACCAUCCAGUGUGGACCAGUGGCAGGUGAAUCACAUGGACGGCAACAGGUCCAACAAUUGUGUGACGAACCUGCAGUAUGCGACUGGAAGUGAAAACGCGCGACAUGCCUGGACAAGUGGAGGCAGGACCAGCCGACAGCCAGGCAAGGCAGUUCUGUGGCGCAUAUGUGGGGAGAAAUUUUGGGCUUCCUUUCCUUCGCAAAGUGAAGCCUCCCGCGUGUUGGGGGUAUCUGCGGCCAAAGUCUCCCAUUAUAUUCGAAAUGCUGCCGUAUGUCAUCGCAAUGGCGGUGAUUCGCUGGAGCUGAAAGCUGCCCCGACUUCGGUCGUUGCGGAUCUCACGCAGGCGGACAUUUUUCAGCACGAAGUGUGGAAAAAUGCCAGGCAUGCAGGUUGCGGUGAUCCAAUUGAGAACCUCAUGAUCAGCGACCACGGACGGAUCAGACACACUCGCAAUUGGGCCGUCUCACGCGGAAGCAGGACAGGAAGCGGGUAUUACUCUGUGCAGAAGAACAAUCGGCAUUACUUGGUGCACCGGCUUGUUGCCGGGACCUUUCUGGGCCAGCCAUCUGCCCCGAAUAUGCAAGUCAAUCACAAAGACGGCGACCGCCAGAACAAUCAUGUGCAGAAUUUAGAGUAUGUUACACCAUCUCAGAACAUCCGACAUUCCUAUUUACUGCGGGACGGGCAAGAUUUUCAGACAAGCCACGGCAAACCAGUGGAGGCUAGGCUCUUUGGAACUUCAAGCCCAUGGUUGUCCUUCGAGACCAUAAAAGCAGCUGCGGAAUACACGAAGGUUGGAAGCCGGCAAGUUUCUGAGUGUUGCAAGCUGCAGCCAGGGGGUGGCAGCUAUGGUGCUUGGGAGUUCCGUUUCUCAUUGGAAGAGGUUUUAGCCGAUGAGGAGUGGCGACCGGUGGUUUUGCUGGGUGCCAGUGCUCCGGGCAGAGAACAUGAGAUCAAGUGCGUUGUGGCAGUUGACGCGCUUGUCAUCCUGGUGAAGGGCGCUGACGUGUUCGAGGGCAUGAAACAUUGGGCAUGCAAAGCCCGUGCCUGCCUGCAGCCCGGGCACACCUGCGAUGAGCUACUGCUCUUCACGCGCGAGGGCUGGACCCAUGAGCGCCUGGCAGCAGCCACGCAGGCUGUUGGCGAGGGCGGCCCUUGUGCGCGAAAGCUCCGCCCCGAUGCCAGAGCACCCAGGUCUCAUGCACAUUUUUCAAUCUUCACCGUCCUUUUUCUAAUGGAUGUGGCCUCAUCCAGCCCUUUCGUGGAGAGACGGCGGUCCUUGGCCGGAAUAAAACGGCAGAAAGGGCGUGAUAACGAUGGGAACAUUAGUGAGAUAAGUAGCACAGGCUCCACACAGCGCGCGCUUUUUUACAAGGCAAAGAUGGUUAUGGGCAUCGCAGAUGGUGAAGACUACCAGUUGGCCUGGCUCCCAUUUGGCGGAUCCGUUCUGGGAGUUCCCAUGAAAAAGGAGUGUUUUCAGCUGGCGGUAUAUGAACGGGUCUCCGCAGACGGCCACAAGUUUUUGGUCGUGAACCACACGGAUGUCCUGCAAGGCUUGUCCUGCGACCAGCUCGUCAAGCGAGCGAAGGUUAUUGAGCCGUUAGUGGAAAAGACGAAGGAGGUCGUCGCUUACGACUUGACUCUAAAUGUUGAGCCAUCAAUGGAUAGCCAACACAUUGCCGCAGUCAUCGCUCGCUGCGGCCAGAAGAUCAACGCCGAGUGCUCCCUUGAACUUCCCUGCCAAACGGCUUUGCCCACGGGUGUAGAGAGUAUGGCGUGUGCCGCCUGCGGCAAUCCUGAGGCUGCGAUGUUGAGCUUUAGCCUCAGUAUUGACCUGUGUGUUUUUGCGUCGUUGCUCCGCCGCGACUGCGGUAAUGCGCCCGAAAGCACUGGAGCGAUUCUGCUUUGCAGCUUUGCACAGGAUGCGUUGGCAUCACUCGUCACGGAGACACCGGCGAUGUCUGUGACGCAGGCCAUCGCCGCCACGCGCGGCCGCCUCUCCAGCGUGGCCUCAGUGGCCGACUGGGUCAGGGAGGUCUUCUUCAAUGGAGCAUUCUCUCCACCAACGCAGUGGACUUGGUCCUUUGAGUUCUCACUGGACGUUGCAGCGUUCAUAUACGGCGAGCUUCUUGAUUUGCAUGCGCAAUCUCGUCUUGUGAAGAAAACGCAGAGCGAUUCCUUACAGCUUUUGGAUGCUUCCGGGCUUUUCACGCCUGACGUAGCCUAUUUUCAAAGUGGCGGAUGGCAGAACGCGACCAUGGAGGCAGAGCGCAAUUCAGAGGCUCGCAUCGAAAUGUGUGAGCUGCUCACGGCGCAGCCGCAGUUGAACGGCCGAGCAGGUGUCGGCUGUCUGCGACGGGACUUAGGCCCCGAGCUUGGAAACUCCGUCGGGCGCCCAGAGGGCGCCCGGGUAGAACUCUUCCGAGUGCGUUGGCCCAAGCGCAUUUGGGCAGUGGGGCUGAGGGAACUGCUGGGUGGCCCUGGCCGUGGCACGUUGACCUGGGCUGUAGGCCAGACAUCAUCUCAUGAGUGCAACAACACCUGGAGUUGGCUGCCUUUGCCUUGUUUGUCGGAUUCGGUCUUCAACUGGCAAUGCAUUGCAUCGCCAUGGCAGUGCCAACUGUUGGCACGCAUCUGCGAGUCUGAGCCUGCUGCAACCUAUCUCUUUAUGCAGGUCUGCUGGCUGAAUCAAGCUCGAAGGUUUGCAAGCUGCUGGCAGGUGAGCUCCUGCGGUCGCGUGCAGUCCACAAAGGGAGUUAUCAGCUGCGGCUCCCGCGUUGAUGAUGGUUAUCGACGUGUGAAAAUAGGUGGAGUGUCUUACUUCGUACACCGACUGGUUGCAUCCGCUUUCCUUGGGCCGUGGCCGGAUGCUGCCCAGUGGCAGGUGAACCACAUUGACCGCAACCGUGAAAACAACCACAAGGAGAACCUGCAGUAUGUGACUCCCAGUGAUAACAUUCGACAUGCUAGGGCCAGAGACACCGGGCAGGCACGGAAACAGGCCGCACGCCACGGGAAGCCUGUCUUGUGGAGAGAAGGUGGGCAUCAGUCUUGGUCAUUUGAAGCUUCGAGGACUGAUGCAGCCAGGGCGGCUGGGGUAUCUGCCCAGUCUGUCUCGCGGUGCUGCUCUGGUGUGGCCACAAGCUGCACAGUCCGACUGCGCAAUUAUGAGUUCAAGAACGGAGAUGCCGCGGAUGUGGAACUACUUCCAGAUGAAGUGUGGAGGGAUGCUGUGCAUGCAGGCGAUGAAGGUACCAUUUCGAACCUGUGGGUCAGCAACUUCGGGCGUGUAAGAUCAGCAACGCGUGUGGGCACACAGAUGGUAUCGUAUGGGCACCGCACCGUGCGUGGCUAUUUUACCAUCAAAAAGUCUGACCGGAGCUAUAAGGUGCACCGGCUGGUUGCCGGAACCUUCCUUGGCCAUCCAGCUUCACCAAGCAUGCAAGUGAACCAUAAGGACAUGAAUCGAGGAAACAAUCAUGUCCAGAACCUGGAAUAUGUCACCCAGUCACAGAACAUGAGGCACGCGCUCACCCAACUGAGAGAGCAAUGGCGGAAUGUUGGAGGAUGCAAGCCCGUGCAGGCGCGAGUGGCGGGAUUGGACGGCGCUUGGAUCCCAUUUGAGUCCAUCCGGGCAGCAGCUGCGUACACAGGCAUUAGGCCGGCCUCGGUUUCUGCAGCUUGCAAAGGAGAGGUGAGAGGUUGCAACCCUCCUGCCUGGGAGUUCCGCUUUUUGGUAGAGGAGCCUUUGCCGGGGGAGGAGUGGCGCCCGGUGGUUUUGGAAG